CAGCCAGUGGACUAGCGGAGCGGAGUAGAAGCUCACAUUGUAAACUGUAAACAUGGCGCUCACCGGAAUGACAAGCCAAAUGUCUAUGACACCCAAAUUUCAGCACAAUUUCAUGGGACCCGACUGGCUCCAUGCUGAACACAGCACAGGUACUUCUAUCAUGGCUGUGGAGUAUGACGGCGGAGUCAUCAUUGGUGCCGACUCGCGCACUACCACUGGCGCAUACAUCGCUAACCGAGUGACCGACAAGCUGACUCGCAUUUCCGACUCGAUCUACUGCUGCCGGUCCGGCUCUGCUGCAGAUACCCAAGCCAUCGCAGACAUAGUGGCCUAUCAUCUGGAAUUCCUCUCGUUGGAGCAGGGAGAGCCUCCCCUUGUUGAGACAGCGGCCAAUAUUUUCCGACAGCUGUGCUAUGACUAUCGCGAUCAGCUGACUGCAGGAAUCAUUGUUGCUGGCUGGGACAGCAGGAAGGGUGGCCAGGUGUAUUGCAUCCCAGUUGGUGGAAUGUUAGUGAGGCAGCCCCUUUCAAUUGGAGGAUCUGGCAGCACCUACGUCUACGGCUACGUUGAUGCCAACUACAAGGACAACAUGACGAGGGAGGAAUGCAAGAAGUUUGUCACAAAUUCUCUUGCUCUGGCAAUGAUGAGAGAUGGCUCCAGUGGAGGUGUCGUCCGUCUGGGAGCCAUCGACAAGACAGGAAUUGAACGUUUUGUUUUCACCGGAAAGGAUAUUCCCAAGUUCUACGAAGGCUAAAGAAAAUUAUCGUAUGUUUGUAUUGUUUGGUAAAAGCUAAAAUAUAAUUUAAACUGCUAAAUUUGA